AUGGCCUCACAAGACGCCGAAUCUUCACGUGCCGUUAAAACUGUUGAUGCCGUUGCCGCUCGCACCGCAACGCACACACGCACCGGCGGAACUGCGACAGCACCAAGCACAGAGGAUGUCGCUGAUGCGCUGCCAGUUCAAAACGAAUCCUGUCGUGGUAGUGUGAAGGAAUCUCAUCUGCCGGUGAGCAGCAGCGCGUCAGUAAGAGACACCGCGCUGCGCACCGUCCCAUCGUGGCGCAGUGAGGAGCGGCGCUCGUCUGCGCUGUCGGAGGGGAGCAGGAGACGCACACCACCCCCCGCUGCGCACUCCCAGGAUAAACCGCCCACCACCUUUGCGGAGGUUUCGCCGCACCGGUCAAUGCUGCACCACGCCGCGCAUCACGUGCCGCCUAAUUACCACACUACUACGGAUGUGACGGUGGAAGGUGAAAUAAAACAACAAAGUGGCAGUGAUAAAAGGAAAAAUGUAAGAGUCAACUAUGGUGACAGUUUUGACAAUGAUGAAGUGGACGAGACUGUGAGUGAGGAAGAGUACGAUAUCCACUCGUUGGGGGAGCGGCUGAAUGAUGUGGUGGAAUGUUCACUACGGAGUGUUGCCUCCGUCGCACAGCGGGAGGAGGUGCACAGCACGAUGGGCCGCGCAGCAUUCCAUAUAUUCAAGGGGAACGUUGGGGCCGGUGUCUUUUUGUUGCCCACGUACUAUCAAGACGCAGGCUAUGGACUCGGCGUCGUACUUUUUCUCCUCCUGGGAGUGUUAAUGAUUGACUGUGCGUUGGCUCUUCUCUACGCAAAACAAAAGAUUAAUCGUGUUGAAGUGCGAACGUAUCCCGCCGUUGUCGAGUACGUCUUGGGUCGCAAUUUGAUGCACUUCACUAGGUUCUCACUUAUAUUUACCCAAUUCGGCUUUUGCGUGGUGUACAUUCAGUAUGCCUCGUCCAUGUUCGCUGCCCUAUUCAAUAUUCAGCACAUGUAUGAAGCAUUUGUGGUUCUUAGUGCAUUGGUGGUGACGCCCAUGACGUUUUUCUCUAACCGCAUGGGCGCAUUGGCGUAUGCGUCAAUGAUUGCCGCGGUUUUUGUUGCAGUUGUGCUUGCAGGAGUGACCGCAGAGGAGGUAAAAAAUUUGUCAACACAAGGGCUAGCUCCAGGAACGGCGUUUUUUGUCCCAACAAUGCGGGUAUUGGUGUUUAUUUCAGGGCACAUGUUUUCCCUCGAGGGCAUCGGUGUUGUGCUACCCGUGGAGAACAGCAUGGCGCCGGAGGACCGCCGGCGAUUUCCCUCACUGGUGAAGUGGACGCUUACCAGUGUCGUGGCACUCUACUUUGUAUUUGGUUUGCUCGGUUAUAUGGCAUUCGGUGGGGCACUGCAGACCUCUGUAGUGCUCGCACUUCCGCCUAGCACCAUGAAACGUCUGCUGCAGGUAUUACUGGGUCUGAGUCUCAUUUUCGGUUACCCCAUUCAGUACGUGCCGGCGAUUCAAUUGGUCGACAGGGCCCUCGGCAUCAAUUUGCGGAGGAAUCGUAAGGAGGCGUACCUUGUUCGUAUCUCCCUAAAUAUUUUCUUUAGCGUACUUGCUGGCUCCAUUGGUGCCGACACUAUCAAUGUCUUUGCGAGUUUUCUUGGGGCCUUCACCGGGGUGCACCUCAUGAUCACCAUGCCAGUUUUGUUGGCUUUGUUAACUGAUCGUGUUGUGGAUAGUGGGAGACACAAUGAGUUAUCUGUUUCGGAGUAUAUUUCGCUCCUUUUUAAGCUUCCGGACGACGUUGCCGAACGCAGAUGGUACUUUUACCUUUUGUUUGCAAUGAUUGUGUGGGUGGGUGGUACCUAUUACACUUUUGCUUCAGUGUUUGGGUAG